UGAAUUUGUAAUCAACAUGCUAUUUUCAAAACAUCGCAGGAUGACCAAUACCCUGAGAGGUCGUCACAGGAGGAACAAAUAUGGCGAUAUGUUCCCUAAGUUUUCAGACAAGAUCAGGUCUAUCGACCCAAAAAGAGGGACUAAAUCAAAUUCAGAAGUUUGAGAGAAAUCUUCCCGUAUGCCACCGGAAUACAAGGUCAAAUAAAUUCAUUGGGUCGUCACGAACGAAGACAAUAGUCAGUAAAAUUGAGAGUCAAAUCUCUAAAUUUCAAGAUAAGGCGAUUAUGAAAUCCCUUGAGGGGACUUUCACCCAGGAUAUUAAACUGAUCAGCUCAUGUGCUGACAAGUACCACCUGAAUGACUUUUCUCCGGAUAACUCUCACAUUAUUGAGUCGAUAUAGGCAACAAAGCGGCUAGAGAGGAGACUGAAGAAAAUUUUUCGAUAAAUUCUCAACAAAAUGCCUUCAUUGAGGUUGCUUCUUUCUCUAAUGUAGAUGGGAUCGAUCCGGUGACUCAGGACAAUGAUUUCUUCAUGGCAAACCCAAGAGAAUGAGAGAGCAGAGGCGAUCAGAAAUUCAAGAAUACUUCAGAGGUUCAUCACUCUGGUACUAAUAAGUCCUCAAUCAAUAAUUCAAUCAUUGAGCAAAAAAAGUCUUCCUUCAGAAGGAAGAUGAGGAAAUAAAAAGACUGCUAAGAAUGUCACAAGCUAUUUUGGUGGCAAGAAAAUUCAGCAUAAUGAUCCAAGGAAGAUCAAUAUGGAAAAUAUUAGGAUCAAUAGUUUCGAUCUCAAGUCAGAUUUGGUAGGAGCCACAUCUGCUACUAGUGCUGUUAAGACACGUCCCAUGAGUGCAGAUACCUCUCUAAACCUCGUCAUGUCGCAUGAAAAUAUGAGGCAAAAGGUCAAAUAUGGGAAGAAAGUUUCAGAUGCUUUCUCCAAGCAAAGAAUCAACCAGACUAUAGACCAUACUUUCAAGAAGAGAUAUAGAGUAUUCUCAGCAAGUCCUCGCAAGAGAGCUCUAAACAUGAAAUUUCGACCUACAAGCUUUAAACCGCCGACCAAAGCUUCUGAGUUGAAGAGACUCGAGAAUCGAGUUAAGAGCGCUCCUGGGCCAAAAUUAAAGGUCAGAGUAACCACAGUUCAGAAAGACAUCAUCAGCAGGGCUGAUCAAGUCAUCAAGAACGAAAUGAGGAAUGAUCUCCAGACCCAAAGGGAGCCACAAAAAUAAUGUGAAGAAGAACUUGGUUAGGAACGAUACCUUCCACUUGCGGGGCUCAUUUUCCAUAAGUGGCUGGACUCCGAAGAAAUCCAAAUCCAGGAAGUUCUCAGAUCAGGGGAAGUUGUCAGACAACCAGAAGCCUCAGAAAAGUGUUCAUCCUGAGACGAAGAUGAUGACUGGCCUCAGGAAGAAGAGAAGUUUCAUGGUCAAAAGCAAAGAGGAGUACGACCAAACUGAGAUUAGUUAUUUAACUAAGAAAAUCUCCCAGAUGGAAGCAAGAAUCGAGGAAGACUACAAGCCGAAGUCUGGAGAAGGCACCAAAAUUCUCAAAUUCACUGACUGUCCGCUAGACUUGACCCAAUGGGUCAAGAACUCAUCCACCAGACCAAAACCUUUCCAGCCCAAAAUAUCCGAAUUCCCACUAGAAAUGCUGUACAAUCCCAAAUUCGAUGAGCUAGAGAGGUAUUUCGACAUCGAGGAGAAAUAAUGAAAAAGUCCGCACGCUCAAGAUCAUCCCAGUCAUCGUCAUGAUAGAUGAGCGCUACAGCAGGAACUCCGACCAAAAGAAAGCAGCUAAGAUCGAUAUGAAGCUCUUGGAGGACAAUACAGUUCAUGAGUAUAUUUACCCGACAGGGAUUCCUUCGAAAAAGGGCUGCGUAGUGAUCCCUGAUCCUUUACCUUUCGACCAAAUUAAGUACGAACAAGGACGGAUGAGCAAGAAAUUCAACAGGAUCAGGAGGGAGCAGAAUAUUAAAAGGCUUCGAUCAACUCAGAAUAUUCCAAACGUUCAGCCAUUAAAAAGCUCACUUGUUUCUCGGAGGUACGCCUUUGCUAAAAAGCUGAUACCUUUGGAUAGUAGAGGGGUGUCAAGGAAGAAGAACUUAGACUUGUUCAUAAAUGAAGCGAGUAUAAUGUCUGCAACAUUGCCAAGUUAUUCAAAAGAGAUCCCAUACGAGACCACUCUAAAGCACCUUAAGGAGAACAGGCAUGAGCAUGUCCUUACUUAUUUAGAUGAUUCAUUGUCCCAGACAGCUUAGCCCCAGAACGGUAUAAAUAAGAUAUCCAAGGAUAUGCAGAAGAUACAGCAGAAGAUAGCAGAAUCUGAAGAACUUCCUGACAAAAUGGCCAAUCAGGAGUUCAUCGAUAAGUACGAGUUCAAGGUCAUCCAGCCUAAUAUUGAUCACAUUUAUUUCCAGCCUCGUAAGCGUAAGAAGCCAUGCUUCACCUUUGCGAAGGAGAAACGGAAGAGGAGGACUUGUCUAAAAAGAGUAGAGAACCGGACUCUAGACUCUCUCAUGAAUAUCAUUAACUUUAAGGCUGAACAAAAGGAUAAGAAUUUGAAGAAGGGACAUGUUCACUAUAAAGACAAACUUCUGAAGAUCAAAGAAGAACUUGGGGCCUAAAGUACUUGAAAUCAGCUAAAUACAAGCUUAUGAGUCAUCA